AUGUCAAGCAGCAAAACGACCGUUCUUAUCGUCGGUGCUGGGCCUGUAGGGCUGAUCCUCGCACUGCGGCUGGCCCGGGCGGAUAUCGACGUCACCGUCAUCGAGGCCAGAGAUGAGCUGGACGACGCACCGAAAGCAAUGGCUCACCUGCCGGCAGCCUUUCCGGAUUUCAUCAAAGCCGGAAUCUUCGACGACUUGGUUGCUGCGGCAGGCGAACUCUCAAGCACGGCCAUGGUCUUUCGCAGGACAUCCGACUCGUCCAUCAUCUUCGAGCCGCCGCAUAACCCCAACAGGCCGGGGGUUUUGAUCUUACCGCAGGGAAAGCUUGCCGCCAUCGCCCACGAGAAUCUGCAGCGGCUCGAACAUGCCACCGUUCUCAUGGGUCAUGCUUUGCGGUCCUUCAACGACUCGGCCGAGGGCGUCACGGCAACUGUCUCUGCGCCUGAUGGAUCCGAGAAGACAUUUGACGCCUUGUUCCUGGUGGGCGCCGACGGGGGCAAAAGCACGGUCCGCAAGUUGACGGGAAUCGAGUUCGAAGGAGAGACGUUGCCAUGCCAGCUCGUAGCAUCCGACGUCUACUACGACUUUGCCAAGCAUGGAGGUUUCAAGCACGCCAACUUCAUGGUGGACAAGGAGAACUAUGGCCUGAUCAGCCAGAUCACGAAUGACGGACUGUGGCGUGUGUCUUUCAGCGUGCCUCUGGGGCUCGAUCUGAAAGACAUCGAGGCAGUCGUCCCGGAAAAAUACGAGGCAAUGCUACCGGGCCCGAGACCAUUGGAGUACAAGAUCGACCGGCUGGCUCCGUACAAGGCGCAACAACUCUGCGCCACGUCCUUCCGCAAAGGCAGAGCCCUCUUGGUCGGCGAUGCGGCACACUUGACGAAUCCUUACGCAGGGUGGGGCAUGGCUGCGGGCAUCUUCGAUGCCAGCAGUCUUGCAGACGCCUUAGUCUCUUGUUUGCAGAAAGGGGCUCCUGAUAGCUUUCUCCAGGGCUGGGCUGAGGCGCGGCGUGAGAUAUUCCUCAAGUCUGUCGAUCCCAUCUCAAAGGAGUGCUUCUGGGCUGUGCAGGAUCCGGAUGUCGAUUCCCUUCCACAGAGACACCCGCACCUCAAAGCGAUGAAAGCAGGCAAGCCGCCGAACAUUACCACAGAUGUAACAACAUUGCCGGGGUACGUGCAGUGA